AUGCCCAUCCCACAGUAUCCAUACGGAGACAACAAUCCAGGGGUCACGCCGCAGCCCAGACCCCCGGAGGACACGUGGGCUGCCCCCACCACCUACGGGGUGCAGCCGCGGUACGCGUGGCCCGCUGCUCCGGUGCACGGGAACCUGUUCGUCUCCGAUUCACACCCAGCCUGGACUGGCAGCGGAGCUCCUUCCCACCCUCCCGCGUGGGACUCAAAGGAUACUGCUUACGACAAACCUGAGCAAAGUGCACACCAACACAACUACUAUUCCGACGUCAAUCACCAGCACUCUGGGACAGUGAAUGACCACAAGCCAGCCACUCCGCCCAACGCCAAGCCAUCCCCCUCCAACCCCAAGGUGCAGUACAGCGCACAGCCCCAAAUGUACGACAGUGCCUCCCGGAAGCUUUUGGCUGGGAACCGGGAGGUUGGUUUUAAACCUGGUGACCAGCCUUCCACAAAUUCUGCAGCCAUCCAGCCAGAGAUUCAGAGAAUCCUCCACAUUAUGGGGGAGGCUGAACAGCUGGAGCAAGACGUAGAUGAAUUUGUAGGAAAAAAGACAGAUAAAUCCUACCGGCUUCUGGAGGAGAUGUUGACCAAGCUGCUGUUGGAACUGGAUUCCAUCGAGACUGGGGGCCAGGACAGUGUUCGGCAGGCUAGGAAAGAGUCCGUCCACAGAAUUCAGGCCGUACUGGAAAAACUGGAAAGAAAGGGAUUGUGA